AUGUCUGCAGCUGCACCUGUGCCACUCGAUGAACUCCAGCUUGUGGAGACUGAACACCGCUUAUGCUCGUUAUUCAAUGAAGAAGAUGAAAAGACAGCGAAGAUUCUGUACAUCAUCAGCCCUCUGAUUGCAUUGAUGGAAGCCCAGGCAAAUGAUCUCAACACGAAAGGAAUUCCAUCCGUAUGCAUCCAUUCCAAGACACAGAAUAAAGAGCAGUUGAUGAAGGACCUGGGUUUGGGCAAGUUUCGAAUAGCUAUCGUCAGACCUGAGACGGCCUUCACCGCCCAAUUUUUGCAACUGGUGUAUUCCUCUGACAUCUUCCGCGACAGUUGCAUUUGCAAAGUGGUAGAUGAAGCUCAUGUGGUCACCGAAUGGGGAACAGACGACUUCCGACCUGAAUAUGCUCGGAUUGGGACGUUGCGUGCUCGCUUGCUUCCUGGGACCCCUAUCUUAGCCGUCUCUGCGACUUUCCCUGAGGCAGUGAUCCGUGAUCUCCAGCAGAAGCUCGGUCUCGACAACGAUUGUGCGCAGGUCAUGGUUUCUAAUGCCAAACCCAAUGUCGCGCUUUCUGUUCGAAUCAUUCAGCACCCAGAGGACUCAAUGGCGGAUCUUCUUUCACUUAUUCCACACGACGCAUCGACUGCUGACAACAUCCCAAUCACCAUCAUCUACGUGAAUGGACGAACGGACGCUGAAGACAUCCAAGAUACAUUAAGAGCUGCUCUUCCGGAAUCCAUCUCUUGCCAUGCCGUCGAGUUCUACCACCGGAACAUUUCGGAGGAACGCAAGAGCUACAUUCUUGACAGGAUGCGCUUAGGGGAGAUCCGGCUUGGGCUGGGCGAGUGUAUUGUUUACGUGACCAACACAUUUGUUCGAAAGUACGAAGAGUUACUUAAGGAGGAUAGUCUUGAAGAAGCGUCGCUGGAUGAGGACGCAAUGGAGGAGCCGCUACUAGAAGAGGGCAUAGCGCCGGAAGAUGUUGAGACUGUGCGAGUUGAAAGGCUCGAAGAGGAGGCCACAGCGCAAAACUUGAAGGGCAAGGCAAAGAAGUCGAAGUUUCGGGGUGCACUCGCUGCAAGGGACUUCCGGUUUCUCAUCUGGACGCCUCCCCUCCCCACGCUCUCUUCGGAUGCUCGCUGCUGUGAUAACUGCACACCGCUCCAGUUCCUAGUCCCCACCAUCUUGUUCCUUGAUCUUACCCGACGAAAACCUGGUUGUCGCGCUCAAAGCACACCCUCCAUGAAAAAACUCGUGAUUGAUUGCUUGAACGCACUGCAUGAUCACAUAGUCGACCGUGACUGGCCACACCAGCACUUCCCCACAGGCCCCGACUUGCUCGCUGACAAUCUCGUUGAUGCAUACGCUUCUGGGGCUCAAUUCGUGGAUUCCCUUGCUGAUCUCGAAGAUCGUGCACGAUGGAACCUCAUCAACGAGUACGGCUCAGAAAUACUCGACACUCUUCGUAAUCUUAGGAUGGAGUUCGCCCCCGUUGUUGCAGAGGGCUUAGAUGAUGCCAGUGCCAACCCCUCCUCCUCACGACACGCUACUGCACCGUCCGCCGCUAUUCGCGACAAGCUCAAGGCCAUCUUCGAUAAGUGCUGGCGUGCAGUUGAAAACAGUGUGGAUAGUAAUGGAAAGCUUCGUGUCUUUCUGUUCGAAGCGGAAUCCAGAGUACUAUGA